CGAAUCUUUUUCAAAAAAGAAAACAAGCAAACACGAAAGCUUGAAGAAGGCAUCAAUGGCGUCGCUGGAGAAGCGGGUUCUAGUCACCGGUGCCAAUGGCUUCAUCGGCUCAUGGCUUGUGCGGGCACUCCUAGCCAAGGGCUACUCCAUCUCCGCCUCCGUGUAUCCCGGCUCGUCGACGGCGCAUCUCCGGGCACUCCCGGGUGGCGCCGAUCCUAAGCGGUUGGUGUUUCACGAGGCGGAUCUCCUUGACGCAGCGGCACUUGCUGUGGCGGCGGAGGGGUGUGGCGCGGGGGUGUUCCAUGUGGCGUCCCCUUGCUCGCUGGAGGACCCGAAGGAUCCUGAGAAUGAGCUGAUCCGGCCGGCGGUGGAAGGCACUGUUAAUGUGCUUGAGGCCGCGAGGAAGGUCGGGGCGCGCAGGGUCGUGCUCAUGUCGUCGAUCUCGGCGAUGAUUCCGAACCCUGGGUGGGCGAAGGCGCAUCCUGGCCGAGCUUUUGAUGAGGAUUCCUGGACUGAUCUUGAUUAUUGCAAGGCAAACAAGAAAUGGUAUGCUGUAUCAAAGACAAUUGCUGAGAAGGAGGCAUGGAAAUAUGCAGAGAAAUAUGGGUUGGAUAUUGUGGCAAUUAACCCAUCUACUUGCCUUGGCCCCCUUUUGCAGCCAGGUCUCAAUGCAAGCUCUGCUGUUCUCCAACAACUCUUACAAGGGUCAACGAAUGAUCAGGGAGAUUAUUGGCUUGGUUGCGUACAUGUCCGGGAUGUUGCUGAUGCUCUGAUUAUGCUCUUGGAGAAACCAAAUGCUUCAGGAAGACACCUGUGCACCAAUGGAAUAUACCAAUUCAAGGACUUUGCUGAAAUAGUCACGAAGGUGUGUCCUGGAUACAAUGUGACCAGGUUUGUGGGCGAAACCCAACCCGGCCUAGUUUCACGCAAAGAUGCAGCAAAGAAGCUGAUUGAUCUCGGCAUGGCAUUUACACCAGUUGAGGAUGCAAUUAAGGAAUCCGAGGAAAGCAUGAGAGAAAACGGCCUUCUCAGCAAGCCAAGUAACAACACAAAUUAAAUUAUGUGCUUGGAGAUUCCACCUGUUUUUUAGUUAGUACGUUAAUAAAUGGUUGCAAUUUCUUAUCAAAGAUAUUUCUUCUGUUCCCUUUGAAUGUUCUAUCAUGAACAAAAUCAUGUUUAUGAGCUAAAGGGCUGAAUUAUGUUAUGUUGUUGCAAAUUCUAAAUGCUCUAUGUGUUAGCAUAGAGAUUAAGAAGUCGAUGAAUGAUAAGAUUGAACUAGAUUGAUCGCAUGAAAAAAUCGAGUGAAAUCUAUGCUGUUGGUU